CAUACGACUGCAGGUUGCCAACACGAUGUUACACACGGAGCAGUCAUACGUGCAAAGUUUGGAAAUUCUAGUGAAGAAUUACUAUGAACCCCUGAAAAGUCCUGAAAAUGCCGGGAUAUGUGACCCAAGCAUCGUCGACAUAAUGUUUUACAAAGUCCCUGAAAUCUUACAUAAUCAUCGCCUAUUUCUGCGCCAGCUGCAACCGCGAGUAAAAGAAUGGAACGAAAUACAGAAGAUUGGAGAUAUCUUCACAUCCUCAUUUACCAAACAAAGUCUGUUAGAUACGUAUACUGCAUUUAUAAACAAUUUUAGUCGUGCAAAAGAACUUAUAUCAAAGGCGUCGGCCAAACCAGCAUUCAACAAGUUCCUCGACGACCGUGUAAGGGAAAACAAGGAUAAGUUAAGUAUCGAUGACCUGAUCAUUAAACCUGUGCAAAGGAUACCACGCUAUGAACUCCUCAUUAAGGAUUUUUUAGACAAUACACCUGAAGAUCAUCCAGACCAUGACAAUCUUGAGGUGGCGUUGAGUAAGAUUCGAACCCUUGCCCGUGCUAUUGAUGAUAAGAAGAAUGAAGCUGAUCGUGCCAUGCUUGAUAUUGCUAUUUUACGCGAGCUUGAGAGUUUGAUUGACGGCAAUAUAGAGCUUGCUGCUCCGAAUCGGCGGUUUAUUCGGCAGUAUCCGUUCAGUGAAUUGAAAGUAGCCAAGAAAGACCGAUGUCUUUUCUUGUUUUCGGAUUUGAUUGUCUGUGCCUCUGUAAAGCGCCGGUCUGGACCCGGACGAAGACAGUCAAUUAGCGUAUUGAGUCCUGCAGCAUUACCAAUCGAUGCAAGUAAGUACAAGCUGAACUGGAAGUAUCAACUGGAAGAUAUGGAUAUAGUGAAGCCUGCUCAUACACCAAAGAGGAUCGCAUUUGACCAGACGAUCAGCAAGUUAGAAGAGGAUUUAACCAGAUUAAACCAGAUCAGUGGACUUGCUGAUACAUUGGCAUGUUCUCAUCAGGCUUUGAAUGAUGUCAUCAAGGAACUAAUGGAUGCAAUUAACCGUAAAAUAUCGGAUCGACAAUCUCUUCGCUCCAUGCCGCCAUCGCUAAUGAACAAAGUGGAAUUAUCAGCGACGACACCGGAAGGAACGGAGAGUAUGACCUUAAUUUUUAACAAUGCUGAGCUGAAGAACAACUUUGAAAGCAAGUUUACAGAAGCAAAGUUAAAACUUAGUUCGUGUUCCAAAGAUUAUUUCCCGCCCGUGUUUUUAUACCCAAUCCCGAUCUCCAAGACCCGUAGCGGUAUGCAGUUCACUUGCGCUGCUCCGAGUCUUGGUACAAUGAGUAACAGUCUCCGAGACGUGUGGGUUUGUAACAGUGACGGCUACGUCGGUCAGGUGUGCUUGUUAAGCAUGACACCGGAUCCUAACGUUGUGUCGUGUAUAUCGGUGUGCUCUACAAGAAUCCUGUGUGUAAUGUCUGUACCAGGUGGUCCAGACCAUUCCAAUAGAUCAUCAAUGAAGAGAAGACAGCGCACACGACCCCUUCCGGAAAUGGUUUCCCCCAGCAAUGAGGAAGUGCUUACAUCACGAAUGACCUCUUCCCCUAAGGUCAGCCAUCAGAAUGCAAACAAGUCUAGUUUUUCUCUGAAUUCAACACCUACCAUGAACCUGAGUAAUAAGGCAGCUGAUAUUAUGGCCUUUGACACCGACGACAGCGAACUCGACGAAGAAAUUCUCUCGCCUGUUAUCGGACAACAAAGCCAGUUGUUUGUGGAAGAAUCUGCAAUGGAUGAGGCCAGUUCAGACGACGAUACUGAUCGAAUUCGUAAUGGAUUGAGACCGUACAAGGAUAGCCUGGAAGCAGCUCAACCAACAAUGUGGUUAGGCACGGAGGAUGGAUGCAUUCAUGUAUAUCAGUGUGGGGAUAACAUCAGCACGAAAAGAAAGAGCCGAGCCAAGAUUCGUCAUCCUGCUUCAGUUCACUGCAUCCUCUACCUCGAUAACAAAGUCUUUGUGUCAUUGGCUAAUGGCGACCUCACAGUCUACAAACGAGAACAAGGCAAAGCGUGGGAUACUGGAAGUCCAGCGUCGUUUACAAUCGGCAGUAGCAACACUCCAAUCAACUGUAUGGUGGCAGUAAGCGCCAAGAUCUGGUGUGGUUGCCAGAAUAGUGUGUUAAUUGUCGACCCACAUACUCUGGUUGUUGAACAUCAAUUUGGUGUUUGUGAGAACUCGCAGCGAGCUGUAUAUGCAAUGGUCAGUAGUGGUUGGGGCGUUUGGGUGUCGCUGCAGAGUAGUGCUGUUGUUCGUUUGUACCACGCUAUCACGUAUCAAAGUUUGUGUGAAGUGGAUGUUACGCAGACGGUGCACAAAAUGCUCGCAGGUUCUGAUGCUAUCAUACGACAACACAAGGCAGCUUGUCUGCGAAUAACCUCUUUACUUAUCUGCAAAGACUUACUGUGGGUUGGAACAAGUGCAGGGGUCAUCCUUACUGUUCCCCUUCCAAAAAUCACAGCAACUACAACUUCAAUUGAGGAAACGCCCACGGUGACCGGAUCGUCCCAAGGCCACACGGGGCACGUCCGCUUCCUAGCUGCAGUGGACAUACCGUCGCCGAAACCGGUAAACACAAGAAAAAUCAGUGAACAAGCUCCAGAUAAUAAGAAUAAGCUUGUACAUACCAAAGGUCAUCGACCUGUGUCUGCGGCAGGGGCCAUCAUGUCGAAUAUGAUGGUGAUAAGCGGAGGAGACGGCUAUGAAGAUUUCGGCUUAACGUCACCGAAUGAAUCGGCUGGGAAAGAAGAUAGCACGAAUCAUCUCUUACUCUGGCAGGUGUGAAUGGAAAAUAGACCCUUCCGUUAAGCCCGCUCCUUGGAUAUAUUUGCUAAGAUGCUACAAAACGACUGUAAAAACAUACAUACGUUUGUGGGAUAACUUGCACAUUUCUGAGAUGUGCGCAUAUUCCAUACUGUGUUCUGAUUAGUAAGUUUGAUUGACACUCAAUCAAUUAGAUUUAUAGCGUACACUAUCAGGAAUAUUACAAUGAUACUGUACUGGAAGUAGCAGCUGGUAUGUUGAAUAGUUGAAAGGUUACACACUACACUAUUAACAUUUGUAAAAGAAUUAUGCCUCUAAACUGAGACAAAAACGCAAGUUUGUCAUAUCUUCUGAUUUAACGUUGAUUCAUGAAUUCAAGCAUUUUCUGAAAGUUGCAAAUAUAUGUUUGCUGCCCUCAGUGUUGCAAGGACGUUGAAACAGGAAGACAAAGUCAGAACAUGAUUUAUCCAGUGUCUGAACAUUGCAACUAUGUGUUUGCUGCCCUCAAUGUCACAAGAAUGUUGAAACAGUGAAAUCGGUCAGAAACAUGAUUUGUUGUCGUUAUGAGUCGUUAAUUAUUCUGAUAAUAAACAUCAUGAAUCGUUCAGCGUUUGAAUAUUCAAAAUGCACAUCAUCUUCUGACCUCAAUGUUUUGACAAUGCCUUAAUUCAACAUUUUGAAUCUACAGGGAACUUCAAAAUGCAUCUGAUAAGAUAGACAAGUAACAAAAUAUAAUAUAAUUAAGUUUUCAAAUACUUUAUAUAUGGUGUGCUUUGUAUAUUGUGUGCUUUAAAAGGCAAUGGUCAGAAAUAUCUUUUUUGCAGUUUUUUGUAAUGUUAAAGUUCAUCUAUUUUCACUAGAAUUGCCAUCUACAAUAUUUUAAAUGAAAAUUAUGAUAAUAAUAAUAAUAAAUUCAAAAGCAUUAUUUUACUAAUAUAUUGAUUUUUGAAUCAAUAUGAAUUUUAUCGUUAUUGUUUUAACUGUGGUAUAUUCAUAGUAAGCUGAGAUAUAAAAAAUAAAUGGCACUUCUUUUCGAUCUGCAAUAAAAUGUAGAGUAUGUAUAUGAAAGUGUAGGGUAAAGAUAUAUGUUGGAAAUAUCAGAGUUCGUCCGAUUUCUUCAAACAACAUUUAUAUUCAAAUAAAAAUAAGAAA